GUGGGUUUUGCUAGCAAGUCUCUGAAAACCUUGCCUGCAUGAAAAAUCUUUUGACAGGCCACAUCCUUCAAGUAGAAAGCUAAUAUGUCUUUCAAUUUCUAAGCUCACGUGGUAUGUGGUCUCCAUCAACAACUUAUAAACGUAUUGCUCCUUUACCCCUCUGGAAACAAGCUUCCACUCCAGCUUAAAAACCUGUCAAUUCUCGGGAUAAGCUGACCCGAUGAAGGUGUAUGUAUUGAUGCGAAAUCUCACUAAUCUUGAUGCCUGUAUGAACAUGCUACAGAUAAUCCCCAACUCGACCUAUUGGUCCUUUUCCUAAUUCUGUGGGCAAUCGUAAAAACUCAUCCAUGGUUAAAGUCUCCUUAGAAGGCAAAUAUUGUGGUCGGUAGAUGGAUCAUUUAGCUUGCAGUAUAAUCCAAAAGGACAGGAGAUGCUAUGUCGACGUUUUACCUCUUUUUUCUUUUUUUCUCUUCUCCCUAAAUACCUCAAUCUAAAGAGCCUAAAAAUAUUCCUUUGUCCUAUGCCUGGGUUGGCAUUCGUAUUGUUAACGUUUGUGUCAAUCUUAGCCAGACUGUCAAAUAUUGUUGGCCAUAAUUAACUCAAGGCUUGUCACUUUCUGCACUCUUGAGGGUAAACCCCUUAGCUUAUGACAUGCAGGCUAACUGACAAACUAAAGGUUGGGACAUGCGGUAAAAUUGAAAAGAUGCGGCUCGGAUUCUCAUGUAUUUGCUAACAUCAAAAUAACUUGCAAAAGAAUCUGGUUGUAGAAUUGAAGACCUGCUAUACUGAAAGUUACUGUCUGCUUGUAAUUAACUGUAUGUUUUGGUGGAUGGUGUAGAAAAGAAAUGUUGUUGAAAGCGUCCAAUGCAGCCUGAGGAUUUGCUGGGAAACCAUUAUCUCUCAAUUUGGCCUUCUCCAUUCAGCUUGAGAUGAGUAUCAGUAUCAACCGACUUGGCAUAGUGUUGAUCGCCUCUAAUGGGCCAUGGCAACACGAGUACCCCAACUCCAUGGUAUAGAUAUGUACCCGCCACCUGAACUGUGGCUCAGUAGUAUCAUCAAGCAGACGGGGUGGAGUGGAGUGGCCCAUUUCUGUAGUAUUAAGUCUCUGAUUAUCCAACCCGUCAAAUGAGUUGGGCUUGUAUGACGCAAAUAUAUGAUCGGGACCCAUUUCACUGCAAAAAUUAUCGGAACUGGGACGAGGAUGUUAUGCUCCAAAACAAAUGUAAUGUCCCAACCCGAUUAUGGAGGUGUUGGGCUGAUUGCUGGAUUUUGGAUGAAAGAAGAUCAAAGGUUUCGGAACUGGAGCAGAGUCGUACGUUCAUUUAUCCUCUACUGUAAGAGUUGACUGUUUGUUUGGAGGUGGAAAUAGAGAAGGAUGCUCCUUCUUCUUUUCAAGGAUAGAAUUCUCUUGCAUUAGACCUUCAUUUACAGGAACUUAUUAUCCUUCCACUUAACUUUGAUUAUUAAUACAAAUAAGAGAUUGAUUGGCUGGUAGUAGUCUUGAAACACAUGUAUUUGUGGGAGGGGUACUGUAAUGACCUGUCGCCCUGAGAAGUUGCAGAGUUGUAAACACAGCCUAAGCUUUUGGUUAGAUAGAUAGAAGAGUGAUGGUUGCAAGCGAAGCCAAGUAACCCAAUUUAUAUUUUAAAUUCUGUUACUAUUAUCAAAAUGUCGGUCUCUCUUCUCUUCAAAUAAAUAUAAAUAUACAGACAACCAUAGUAGGCUGUUAGUUGCUUUAUUAACUAAAUCCACCAUUAAACUUUUCAUUGCAUCCCUUCAAUCCUAAGCCAUCCCUUCACUCUUUCUUUAAUAUUAUAUAUAUCCUAUAGAGAAGCUCUAGUUUGUUUGUUUGUUGCUUCACUUGCAAAAUUAACCUCUUGAAACAACCUCUUAUUUAUUCAAAUCCUUCUUCUAUUCUCUCUCUCUCUCUCUCUUUCUCUCUCUCUCUUCAUAAAAGCAUAGUACUGAAUAUAUGUUAUCCUCAGCAUCAGAAACAUUUAAGCUCAACUUCUUCCAAAGAAGAAUCCAAUGCUAACUUUCUUCAAUUACUACUCUCUUAUUCAUUAUCUUCCUCUUACCAUUGUUCUGCCAUUUCCAUUACAGCUAUCCCACCCCCCCACUUCCCUCUUGUCUUCUUCUCUAACUGAUUUUCUCAUUAAAAUCUCUUCCUGUCCUUCUCAUCUUGCACUAAUUUUAUUUUUUUAAAAACACACAAAUUUAAAAAAAAAAAAAAGAAGCAGCAAAGUUUGCACUUUUUCAAGAAGACUUUUAAGCCUCUUAAUCACAAAGACAAGUUACCUUUGAGAUUGAAUUAUAUAGGUGACUAACUGCCAAAGUACGCCAUUCAAUUGUAUAAUAUGGAGGGAGAAAAAGAGAUGAACCACUUGAGCCCGCAAAAGGACAUGCCAACCCCAAGAAACAGCAGCUGUGCAGGUGGAAAUGGCCACAUCCUUAUCACUUCAUCACCAGCAUCCCAAAUACCUUACAGUGUACCUACCCAUUCGAGCUUGCUGGAGGAUCAAAGACCCUACAAGAAUGUGGUGGUGAGGUACAAGGAAUGCCUCAAGAACCAUGCUGCUCCUAUGGGUGGGAAUGCAACAGAUGGGUGCGGUGAGUUCAUGCCUAGUGGUGAACAAGGCAGCCUUGAGGCCCUCAAGUGCUCAGCUUGCAACUGCCAUAGAAACUUCCACAGGAAGGAGAUAGAGGGCGAAUCUGCAAUUGAUCUGUUUCACUCUCCUGUCCUUCACAAUCCUGGAGGUAGAUUUAUUUUGGGCCAUCAUAGUAAUAUAAUUGGAUCACCACAAGGGUUUCCUAUAAAUGCCUUGCUUUCCUCAAGGCCACCGCCGAAUCAACCAAUGAUAGUCUCUUACACAAGUGGUUCAGUCCCUUCAGAGUCUGAUGAGAAGGAUUAUGAUGAUGAUAAUGAAGAUGGUGCAGUUGUGGCUAUCAGGCAAGUUGAUCAGAAGCUCAAGAAGAGGUUCAGGACGAAGUUCACGGAAGAACAAAAGCAAAAAAUGCGCAACUUUGCAGAGAAGGCUGGAUGGAAAAUGCAAAAGCUAGAAGAAUCAGUGGUUCAGCGAUUUUGUCAAGAGAUUGGGAUCAAAAGGAGAGUUCUCAAAGUGUGGAUGCACAAUAACAAACACCACUUCUCCAAGAAAAUGUCAGCAGCUAGUUAGAAAGCCAAUUGAAGCUGCUUCCACAAAGAUUGAACUGAGCAUUUCUUUUCCCUCUUUAUAUGUAUUUGACCCUUUCCUCUGACCUUCCUUCUCUGAAGACAUAUGUACUUUGGUUGCAUGCUUUGUAGUGUUAAAACUUUCUGGUUUGGAUUUGCCAGAAUUCUGAGUAAUGGCACAAAUCUAUGGUUAUGCAAUCUACUCUAGAAGACUGUUUCUAUAGCUCUUCAGAAAUUAAAGGAAAAUGUUUUAGCCAGCUCCA